GUGAUGUAUAGUUUAGAAGUGUAUCAGUUCUCAAAUCCAUUUGUUUAUGGUCAAUAAGAUGUACAAUUUUGUUGAGGUGUUGGUCCUUCUAUUAAGUAAUUCACAUAUGAGCAAGAGACCCCAUAAUUGAUUCUUGGUCUUAGAAUAUUUUCGUGCCAAUCCGAAAGAAUACUCUUGCAAAAAGCUAGUUUUGGGUUCAUUGUUUAUGAAAUUCGUACUAGUAUUUCAUAAAUUGGUCUACCAUUGGUUGCUACUCAUCCCUCCCGUACAGCUCUACUUCAUUAGUCUAUGUUAUUGUUUAUUGUUUAUAGCUUCUGAUGCAGAGAGUAUCUGAUGUUCUAAGUUUCUCCAAGAAUAUCACGGAAUUACAAGAGAAGCAAAUGAAGUUCAAGGCAUUUCUCACGGACAAUGGUGCGAUGCUUUUAGAGAAGAGGUUUUUACCAGCCCUAGACAAAAUGGGAAAAAUAUGCCACAUCUACUUGACUCGAGACCAUGCAUUCUUCCUCCACAACCUCCUCAAUGGUGAUGGAAUCCAGUCCAUUGCACAGUUCCGCAAAGAGGCCCUUUUUGAUGAUUAUCGCAUCUCCAGCCAAAAUGAUGACCGCAUUGCUUUUGCUAUUGACCUAUCCCUUCUCCACCGUGCACUUCGUAGCAUCAUCACCAUAUACAGUGAGUUCAGUGGCAGCCACAGUGAUGGUGCNCCUAACCUUUGA